GAGGGCUGCCGGGCCGAGCUGGCGGCGAUCAUCGUGUACGCGAGGGUGCUGGCGCUGCACCCCGACCCCUACGGCGCCUACAACUACCUGCCCUGGCAGAGGGGUCCCCCCGGCAGCCCCCAGCAAGGAGCGGGGGGGCUCUUCUACUCGGCAGAGAUCGAGCUGCUGUGCGACCAGGCGUGGGGCAGCAUGCUGGAGGUACCCGCCGGCUCCCGCCUCAACCUCACCGGCCUCGGCUACUUCUCCUGCCACUCGCAUACCGUCAUGCAGGGCUACGCUUAUUUCUUCUUCCUCCGAAUGGACGAGAACUACAUCCUCCUGCCGCACGGAGUCAACUUCCAGGAGGCGAUCUUCCCCGACACCCAGGAGAACAGGAGGAUGUUUGCCAGCCUCUUCCAGUUUUCUAACUGCUCGCAGGCACAGCAUGUGUUGAGCUUCUCCAGUGACUGGGAAAUUCAAGAGGACAACCGGCUGGCCGACCGCCAGCGUACAAAGUUUGAGCUGCUGCAUGGCCGUCUGGAGAGUGACACAACCCUGCUCCUUGGGAUGCCCCGUGAGAGAGUGUUUCCUCACUGCUGGUAUUUUGGGGAGGGACUGGCCGACCGCCAGCGUACAAAGUUUGAGCUGCUGCAUGGCCGUCUGGAGAGUGACACAACCCUGCUCCUUGGGAUGCCCC